CUUUAAAAAACUGAUUCACGACUCGGACAUAACAGAUUAACAGCCACCAGCCGGAAAGUAAACAGACAGACGGAAAUGGAAGAAGCCGGCGGCAGCGAGCCGACUACGAUUACAGUGAAUGUGCAAGUUGCGGGAAGCUCGAUUCCAUUGAAUAUCUCCGCCGACUCUACGGUCGAAGAGCUCAAGUAUCGCCUUCAGCCGCUGACUAAUGUCCUCCCUGGCGACCAAAAACUCAUCUCGAAAGGGAAAAUUCUUGUUGACGAGAUGACACUUGGGUCCUCCGAAGUUGACGAUGGCUCGAACAUCACGCUCUUAGCAUCCCCAGCGCACUGUAUUCCCAUCUUACGGAAGCUGAUUAAAGAGUGGAAGCUUACACGAAUGAUAGUGUUAUCGCAUUGUUAUCUGAAGGCCAUCCCUGAUGCAGUAUUGGAAUUUGGAAACUCUGCACUAUAUCUUGAUCUGGAUGGUAACACCAUAAAAGAAGUACCUGCCAGAAUUAGUCAUUUAAGUUCUAUUAUGGUCCUGUAUCUUAAUGCCAAUGUCAUUGAGGACCAAUACUUAAGCUGGGAAGGGAUACAGUCUUUGAAAUCUUUGAUAGUUCUUUCUUUGAAUGACAACAGGUUGACAAUCUUACCUUCCAACCUGGGCGCAUUGACAAGAUUGAGGCAGCUUCAUAUUUCAGAUAACGAGUUGACCUCUCUCCCAAUCGAAAUUGGCCUUUUAACAAAACUUGAGGUUUUGAAUGCCCACAGUAACAGGUUAAGCACCAUUCCGACUAGCAUAAGUGGGUGUGCUGCUCUUGAAUACGUUAAUAUUUCAUAUAAUCUUCUGACUGAGUUACUUGAUACCCUUGGCAAGCUAAAGAACUUGAAGGAAUUGCUUCUCGGUGACAAUAGGCUCACAUCUCUUCCCACUACUAUAUUCAGCCAUUGUAAUAAACUCUACUCAUUGGAUCUCCAUGGUACUGGACUAACGCUUGAUUAUGUCCGGCAGCUCGAUGGGUGGAAUGAAUUUGAAAAGAAAGAAAAUAGUAAGAUAGAUUAACAGCCACCGGCCGGAAAGUAAACAGACAGACGGAAAUGGAAGACGAAGGCGGCAGCGAGCCGACUAGGAUUACAGUGAAAGUGAGAGUGGCGGGAAGCUGGAUUCUAUUCAAUGUCUCCCCCGACUCUACGGUCAAAGACCUCAAGUCUGUCCUUCAGCAGCUCACUAAUGUCCUCCCUGGCGACCAAAAACUCAUCUCUAAAGGGAAAAUUCUUGUUGACGAGAUGACAUUUAGGACCUCCGAAGUUGACGAUGGCUCGAAGAUCAUGCUCAUACCACCCGAGGUUCUACAAUUUUCACUAGAGGACUAUGUCCGUUCCAAAUUACAGGAACAUAUUGAAAUAUGGAAGUCUACAGGAGUGGUACUGUUAUCUAAGUCUAAUCUGAAGGCCAUCCCUGAUGCAGUAUGGGAAUGUGGAAGUUCUGUAAAAUUUCUUGAUCUGAGUGGUAACUCCUUAGAAGAAGUUCCUGCAAGAAUUAGCCAUUUAAGUUCUCUUCAUAAUCUCCAUCUUACUGCAAAUGGAAUUGAGGACACAAAUUUAAGCUGGGAAGGGAUAGAGUCUUUGAAGUCCUUGAGAGCUCUAUCUUUGGAUGAGAAUAGGUUAACAAUCUUACCUUCCAGCCUGGGCGUAUUGACAAACUUGAAGCAGCUUUAUAUUGCAAAUAACCAGUUGACUUCUCUCCCGAUCGAAAUUGGCCUUUUAAAAGAACUUGAGCGUUUGGAGGCCAACAAUAACAGGUUAAGCACAAUUCCGGCUAGCAUAUGUCGGUGUGCUUCUCUUCUUACUAUUGAUAUUUCAUCUAAUCUUCUGACUGAGUUACCUGAUACCCUUAGCAAGCUGAAGAACUUGAAGGAAUUGCAUCUCAGAAACAAUGGGGGGCUCACAUCUCUUCCCACUACCAUAUUCAGACUUUGUAACCAACUCUCCAUACUGGAUGUCGAUGGUACUGAAAUAACAACUGAUUAUCUCCGUCAGCUAGAUGGGUGGAAUGAAUUUGAUGAGAAAGUGAGGUUAAAUCGUCAAAGGCAACAGGCUUUCAGAGAAGAACCUGGAUAUACGAGUGAUAGGUCAGAGUGAGAAAAACUGAAGAGUGUAUAUGGCUGGCUCCAAAGAUUUUUUGUUCCAAAGAAUUCACAUUUUGGACAUUGUAGUCAGAAACGAUUCAAGCAUUGUUCAUAGUAGUUAGAUACGGUUAAAUCAUGGUGUAUUUCAUACAUAGUAUGCUCUUUCUCAAACAGAAUCCAUCCGUUACAGAUGUUCAUCUUUCUCUCUAUGUUUCUUUAUCUGGUUUAUGC